UUUCCCAUCAUGGCGGCUUCCAGGCGGCACGCGAGCGAGUCCUCCAGCAGCGAGAAUGACGAAGAAAUGGAGAAAUUCAAAGAGGCCGCGUGGAGUUUCGGAGCGGCGGCCAAUGGCGCCCAGGAGUCUCGUCGGACAGGUGGAGAGAGCAAAGAUAAGCAAAGCAGUCGACUUGACGUGUCCCACCACGAACACGAUGGCAACGAGCUUCAGACGACCCCCGAGUUCCGCAGUCACGUCGCCAAGAAGCUGGGAGCCCUGCUGGACAGUUGCAUUUCAGAAGCUGCUGGACCACGGUUGCGGACGACUCCGACGACGCCAUCUGCCACCAGGGUGGUGGAGGAGGAGGAUGAUGAUGAUGACGACGACGACGACGAUGAUGGAUUUCGGCUGUUUUCCACAUCCGUCCCUGGUACAACCCAGAGUCCACCUCCGCCGGCUCCACGCCGCCCCAUUCCCAGCUCAAGUGACAGCGACAGCGAGGUGGAUGAGCGCCUCAAAGAAGCUGCCGUUCCUCUCACAGACCUCCUGCCUGCCGCUCUCCUUCCCACCAUGCCUCAGCCAUCCUGCUCCCCAGCUCCUACCCCCGCUGGAUUGAAGAAGAAGAAGAAGAAAGAGAAGGAAGAGGAUGGGGAUGAGGCUGGAGACAAAGACACCGGUGGAGGCGACGCAAAGAAAAGUAGGACAGACAUUAAGGAGGAGGAGGACACCAACUCCCAGGUGGACUCUGUAUCUCAGCACACCUCAGAGGAGACUCCAGUGAGGGAAAAGAAGAAGAAGAAGAAGAAGAAGAAGAGGGAGGAGGAGAAGGUACGCAGACUGAAGCUAAGCGACUGAGGGUCAAGGCUCAGCUGGAUGAAUCGGUUCUACUACUCCAGCUUUUGGAGCUGAGCUCCUGCCCAAGGCUGGUGUCAAACCUUUGCCCUUCUGCUGAAGGGACUGUGGGGAGUCCAAGGCGACCAAGAAGAAGGAUCAGGCUGGAGAAGAAGCCUGCAGUCCAGAAGAGCAAAGAGGCCCACCGUGGUUCCGUUCACACGUGGAAACGGCUUCCUGUUGAUCACGUUAUACUGUACACACAUUGAAAGCACACAGCAUGCGUUGUGACACGAUCCCACAGUUAAUGGCGCAUCAUCGGGCUUUGGGUUCGAAAA